CGACGACCACCUGACUACUAACUAAAAUGGACGUAAUCGAAGUUGUGCCGUUUGCCGCGGCGCGGGUCCACGAGCUGCAUGAGCUUCAUGUUGGUAGCGGAUAUGAGCAUUUGUCGAAGACAAGAAUAGCAAGGCGUCGCAAAGAUUUCCAUCUCCGCCGACGAGCAAAUGCGUACAAGUCGCACAAGUUUCCCGCACGUUUUCGAGUUAAACCCAAUGCAACACGUCUCGACGCUGACGUCCAACGAUGCCGCAAACACCGCCGACGACACAUGCUUCGUGAAAAGCCGGAUCGCUUACCGACACACCAAUGGCAUGCAAAGCGAAUGAAGAUGGGCAAGGUUGACGAUGUAUGGAUUGCCUUGCAUCGCCUUGACCGAGGCACGGCAGCCGCAUUGCUCGCUCCCUCCACCGUUUGCGACACAUCAUACCUCUCCGUUGUUGAUGUCCAUGGGCUCAAAGAUAGUGUUGUGGAUGCGCUGGAUUCCAUCUUGGACGAAUCUCUCUCUGAACAAGUUGUCAACGGUGGCGUCGAAGCAACGUGCAUGGUAUAUCACGCCGAUAUGUUUCCGAUGGAGGCGAUUGGUCCUGCGCACGUCAUGUGCAAGAAUAGCGACAAUUCUGCGGACGAACAUCUCCACGUGUGGCUGUGGGUCUACCCAAGCAUGAUUGAACCUUUGCUGGACACCCUCGCCUCCAUCGACGCGCCCAAUGUCCAUGUGCAGCGCCGUACAGAUCUUAGUCGCUUUGAAAUUCGUGGACCAAAGGGGCACGUCAUCAUGAACAAAGUGUUGCAGAACCACGAUAAACUGCUCUGGACUGCCGCUCCGGUACCGUCAUCCGCAGUCAUCCAGAGCUGGCACUUCCUCGAUCCGCGCCAGUCGCUCCGCAAGAAUAAGGCUACAACGCCAGGGCUGCUUGAUGCACCGCCAACAUCGCUUCCUGAUACUGUCGCAGAGUGUCCUAUCUCAAACACGAAGUUUCUCUCGGCGGAACCGCCUCUGACAGACCUCAACGCGCGAUUCGCUUCAGUCCUUCGAUGGGCCUCCGACCUUGGCGCGGGAUACCGCCAUCAUGUGGGAAUACCUUCAAGACGGCCUGCUUCAGCGACUCGACACCAACGUGCAGACGCCAACACGUCCACCACCUCGAUUCUGUGGGAUCGCACGGCCAUGCCGCCGCCGUUUCUUCCAGAUCACAUCGUCAACCAGCCAGCACGUGAAAGCGAUGUCCUUCCGUCGUUCCCGAGCAUCACGGUGCGCUGUGCACAUGGAUGGGAUAUCGUGGUGCACUCCAAGAUAGCGCCGACGUUGCUGAAAGCGCUGGUGUUUGCAGGCGCAUCGGCGAUCGGACUUGCCGAACGGGAAGCUCUUCGCACGCGCCACCACUUGCUCAACUAUCCGAGGGACUACCCCGAUACCCAUGCUGGGUGCCGGUACUGGGGUUCGAUCAAAGCGACGAAAGAAGCCGCCGAAGCGGCCAAACCAAAAGCCAAACGAACUGCGUUCCAAGCGAUGCAAGUCGCAUCUCCGUUCGCGCCAGACUGGUCCCAGCUCUUUUCUGAUGUAUCGACGCCAUUUUGCGUCCUCCGCGGGGCAGAGUACAUGCGGCCCUUUCCAUUUUACAACCCGUCGUCCAAGCAAGAGCUCGCGAUGGUCCCGACCGCCGUGCCGACGUUGAUCUGUGUCCAAGUGACCUUACCACGACGGGGCACUGUGGACUGCAAUGCCAUGAUGUGCUUUCCAACCGAAUCGGAUGUGGCCGAGUUUGAACGGAACGAUCGCUGGCAAGGCGAAGUAGAGUUGACGUCGAAACAAGCCACGAAAGCGGCUCAUCCAAACAGCACCUAUGAGGUCAACAUUCCCUCACUUGCUACGUGGCUAAACAUGUCCGUGUCGCAGAUGCGAUCGGUCAUGGGCUUUGUGACGUCCGUCGCGCACGUGCGGGGGUCGCAGCAAGCCGUCGGCUUCUGCCAUAGCGAUGCCCUGCAACAUCUAUUUCUCCAGCAGCAGAAGAGCAUUCACGUGGGUCUGAUCAUGGUGCGCAACCCCACUUCCAGGCAGUACCGCCCGGCGCUCGUCACCGCGUGCGCUGAGUGAGACCUUCGUCACCGCACUUGAUCCCAUCUCUGUCCACCAUAACGCUUAUAAUUCGACCGAUCCUGGCAUAAACCAGCACGUCUUUGCGGCCGUGUGGGUACGAUGUUCACGCUGCCUGGACCAG